AUGGCGUCCGCGACGACGACGCGGCGAACGCGCGCGCGUCUCCUCGCGCUCGUCCUCUUCCUCGCCGCGUCUUCGACGCCGGCGCGCGCCGCGGACCUGAGCACGGCGCGAUGGGACGACGACGCGCCGUGGGCGGAGCCGAAGCCUCCGCUCGUGCCCGGCGAGUGCGACGAGGCGUCCGAGCUCGAGCUCGCGCGCUGGGGCUUCGGCGGAAGGCCGCCGUACGAACCUCCGCCGCCGCCGCCCGCGACGCCGGGGGCGUACUCGUGCAAGACGUACCGCGAUCGCGGGUACGACGACGCGGCGACCGCGACGAUCGACCCGAGAGGGACGUGGUGGGGCGCGAGACCCCUCGUGAAGGUCGGAUGCGACCAACGCUUCGACGGCGGCGGGUGGACGCUGCUCCUGUCGCAGACGGACCCCACGGCGGACUUUCCCGGGGCGACGAACCCGUUCGCGGUCGACGUGGGCGAGGCCGAGGACGCGAUGACGAAUCACACGACGUACGCGCGGAAUUGGGCGUACUCGUUCCGGCCGCAGCCGGGGGACGAGUUCGUGAUUCGAAGGAUCCCGCGCGGCGGCGCGUUCGCGAACGCGAGCGCGGCGCUGCAAACCGGCGACGGCGGCGACCACGUUCGAUUCGUCGUGGAGGCGUUCUGCGCCGGGAUGGACUGGAACGCGACCGGCGGGUGCGGGACGGGGAGCAGUCAGCAUAUCAUCGCGAUGGGGAGGUUGUACGACGCGAACGGGAACGAAAUCGCGGACGCGAACACGCUCAACACGUGCACGAAGGCCGGUUGCGUGGCGCCCGGCGGCGACACCGUCGGGAUCUCGCAACACCCGAGGUAUCCGGACGCGUCUGGAUCCAAGAAGUGUUUCGGCGGGUGCUACAACGGCGGAAUCAUCAACUUUCACUGGGGCACCGCGCCGGACUCGAAGUUGACGCCCGGGGACUGGACGUUUCAGGUGUUCUUCCGCGAAGGCCCUUCGUUCAUCGGCGCGGGCGUGUGCGUGGAGACGAACGCGACCGCGCUGAACGCGCUCGAUGCGGCGUGGUACACCGGGCUGCCCGAGCACGCCGUCGUCGCCGCGACCGAGCUGCUCGGCGUCGACGGCGGCGUCGCGUUGUGCCACCCGGACGCGUCCACGGCGGCGACGUGCGAACGCGUCGCGGCGAAAAUCCCAGGCGCGCGGUUCGUAUCGUUCGGAAACGACGCGACGUGCGACGGCAUGCACGAGUUUGACCAGUUUGGGAUCCAACACGACUUGGCGUCGUCGCGGCCGUGCGUGGUGACGACGACGUGCGCGGCGAUGAACGUGUCCGAGCCUCUCGUCGUGAAAGGGGUUGGUCGCGCGAUCGCGUUCAAGGCGUUCGCGCUGGAUAAGACGUCGGACGUCGAAGGCGGGCCGUGGAUACACCCUUCGUGCGAGAGCGGCGCGACGAAUAAGACGAUCGACGGGUACGACACGUUCGCUGAUUGGGGGGUGAGCUCGCCGACCGCCGGGACCGGAAUCGCGUCCGCGGCGGACUGGGCGGCGUUUCGAUGCGACGAAGAUCCAGACAACGACCCUUACGACAAGAACGUCAGCGCUAAGCUCGCGAUGGACGGCAGCCGUUUCAGCGGCCAGGCCGCGACCAGCGGAGGGCGGAUGUACGGAAACGUGCAGUUCGAUAACACGGACCCGGGGUGCGUCGCGGCGUUUUACGCGCUCGGGGAUCAGUACCGGGACGGAUUCUUAGUGAACGCGCAAGGCGAGAGGAAUCUGUUUCCAGCUCCGGAACGCAGGCACGGGCUUCUCUCGGUCGGGACCGGCAACUACCCCACGGCGUUCGUUCGCUCCUGCGGAUACAACUCGUCCAGGACGUGGCCGCCCCCGCCGUGUCCAGAAGAUUUCCACGUCCAGGACAACGCGUGCGCGGCGUGCCCGGUCGGCGCGGUGAACCCUCCCGGGGACGACUGGAGCGGACCUAACACUUCGUGCGGAUGUCCCGCGGAUCAUCACGUUCUCGAUCACGCGUGCGUACCGUGUAACGGGACGUCAUCGAGGCCCCCAGGAGACGAUCCGCAUCAGGGCGACACUUCGUGCUCGUGUGCCGCGGAUCAUUACGUCCUCGAUCACGCGUGCGUGCCGUGUCCCGAGACGUCAACGAGGGCCCCGGGGGACGAUCCGCAUCUGGGCAACACUUCGUGCUCGUGUGCCGCGGAUCAUUACGUCCUCGAUCACGCGUGCGUGCCGUGUCCCUUUGGCUCGACGAGUCCUCAGGGAGGCGACAUUUACGGCGAGGACACGUUCUGCGACUCCAGUUGCGAUUCGAAGUCGGAGUGGAGAACUGUCGGCCGCGAAGAGAUCGCGGAUAUGGUUCCCGCGUCCGCGAACGCGUCGACUUUCUUCACCACGUCUUUAUCCGACGACGGCUCGAUCGUGGCGAUCGAGUAUCUCAGAGAAGCGAACAUCACGCAGGUCGUGGACGGCGAGACCGACGCCACGGCUGUUAAAUCGACCCCGACGAUGAGCACGCGGAUCGUCGGCGGCACCGAGGUUAACCCGCACACGUACGAGUGGAUGGUUGGGUUUAACGGGUGCGGCGGGUCGUUGGUCGCCCCGAACAAGGUGCUGACCGCCGCGCACUGCAUGUUCACCGAUAAUUGGGCGACCGUUGCCUACAUAAACUGGCACGACUCUUCUGUGUACGAUCCCUCGAUCACAGAUGUCCUCGAGAUCGAUUACGCCGUGAACCAUCCCGACUACGAUGCUGAUACCACGAAUUGGGACUUCGCGGUCGUGACGUUGAAGAGUAACUCGAGGUAUGAUCCCGUCGUUCUUGACUUCGACACGACCGACGUCGGCGAGGGCGCGAGCGCUGGCGAAAAUUUGAUCGCGAUGGGCUGGGGGACAACCGAAUCCGGUGGGGACCCGUCGAGUGUCCUUCUGGAGGUCACCGUCCCCGCGGUGUCGACCUCGGACUGUCAGACAAACUACGGAUCAGAUAUUGUUCCCGAGUCGAUGUUGUGCGCGGGUGAGAUGGGGAAAGACUCGUGCCAAGGCGACAGCGGCGGGCCGCUCGUGCGCGCGUCCGACUUACGGCAGGUUGGCGUCGUGUCGUGGGGGGUCGGAUGCGCAUCCGCGGGAUACCCUGGGGUGUACUCCAGGGUGUCCGCGACGAAGGCAAAGACGUGGUUGUGCUCGCAGGGCGUGACGCAAGCGUGUGAGCAGCCGGCGAAGCUAAUUGGAGUUAGCGUGUUGAGCGUGUUCUCGUUCGAUCCCAACAUUGGCUGGAGCCAAAUUGUGGACGGCGAGACCGACGACGCGGCCUAUAGAUCGACCCCGACGAUGAGCACGCGGAUCGUCGGCGGCACCGAGGUUGACCCGCACACGUACGAGUGGAUGGUUGGGUUUAACGGGUGCGGCGGGUCGUUGGUCGCCCCGAACAAGGUGCUGACCGCCGCGCACUGCAUGUUCACCGAUAAUUGGGCGACCGUUGCCUACGUAAACUGGCACAACUCUUCUGUGUACGAUCCCUCGAUCACAGAUGUCCUCGAGAUCGAUUACGCCGUGAACCAUCCUUACUACGAUGCUGAUACCACGAAUUGGGACUUCGCGGUCGUGACGUUGAAGAGUAACUCGAGGUAUGAGCCCGUCGUUCUUGACUUCGACACGACCGACGUCGGCGAGGGCGCGAGCGCCGGCGAAAAUUUGAUCGCGAUGGGCUGGGGGACAACCGAAUCCGGUGGGGACCCGUCGAGUGUCCUUCUGGAGGUCACCGUCCCCGCGGUGUCGACCUCGGACUGUCAGACAAACUACGGAUCAGAUAUUGUUCCCGAGUCGAUGUUGUGCGCGGGUGAGAUGGGGAAAGACUCGUGCCAAGGCGACAGCGGCGGGCCGCUCGUGCGCGCGUCCGACUUACGGCAGGUUGGCGUCGUGUCGUGGGGGGUCGGAUGCGCAUCCGCGGGAUACCCUGGGGUAUACUCCAGGGUGUCCGCGACGGAGGCAAAGAAGUGGCUGUGUACGCAGGGCGUGACGCAAGCGUGUGAGCAGCCGGCGACGAGUGCUUGGGUGUCGGUGGUGAACGCGUCGAUUGAGUUGGCAAUGGCGACCGCCACCGGACCUGGAAAUUCCAUCUCUCUAUCAGGCGACGGCACGAGACUGGCGUUCGGCUCGCACGACAGUGACGAGGGACGCGGUCGCGUGCAAGUGUACGAUGUCGAUCGCACGAACACGACGACGACCACUUGCGAUGAGACACUCGACUACGCGGAGGGGACACCAGAGCACGUGCAAAGCGCUGUGGACUAUCGCGGCUGCCAGAACGUGGCUCGAAACGGUGAACCGUGCGCAUAUUGGACCUCUGGAGACGAAGAGUGGGCUGGCUAUGCUUCGGGACCCCUUGUGGGACACAAUUACUGCCGAAACCCCGAUAGUGAUACUACUAUUUGGUGUGACGUGGUCAGCGGCGGUUGGGAUUUCUGCGACCCGCUUCCCCCCACGGGCCAUACACGUACGGCAGUUGAGCCAUUUUUGAUCGGUGACACUCUCGAAGGCGAGACUACCGGCGAUCACUUCGGAACAGCCGUGUCGUUGGCAGACGACGGCUACAGCAUCGCGAUCAGCGGGAUGUCUACAAACGGCACAGGGUACACGCGCGUGUAUCGCAUGAAAGACACGCCCUCUUGGAUCAUGAUGACUGACUUCCACAUGAACGUCACGAUCUCGCCGUUUUCAGGGCCGUGGGUGCUUGGUCACACCUUGGCCAUCUCCGGCGACGGCUCACGAGUCGUCGGCGGCACGCCGGCGCAUGAUUCGAACGCGGUCUCCGCGCAGGUGUACGAGCGCGCGGACGCGUGUUGCGCGCGAGACGAGCGCGUCGUCGCGCACGCGUGCGUGGCGUGCCCGAACGGCACGAUGAACACGGCGCGCGACGACUGGUCGAAAUCGGACACGACGUGCGGCGCGUGUUCGCGCGAUUUCCACGUCCAGGACAACGCGUGCGUGGCGUGCCCGGUCGGCGCGGUGAACCCUCCCGGGGACGACUGGAGCGGACCAAACACGACGUGCGGAUGUCCCGCGGAUCAUCACGUUCUCGAUCACGCGUGCGUGCCGUGUUCCUUUGGCGAGAAGAACGACGGGGGUGAUGACCCGAUGGGCGCGAACACGACGUGCGACGUGCCCCCGAUGAAGUUCGCCGAGGGUAACUGGACGCAGUUAGGCGAUGAUAUCUACGGCGAGGCGGAGAGCGAUGCCUCCGGAAAAGUAGUCGCGGUGUCGGGCGACGGGAAGAUCGUCGCCGUCGGCGCGUAUCUAAAUGAUGGCACUGGCACUAACGCGGGACACGUUCGCGUGUAUCGAUACGAAUCGAACGCGUGGACGCAACUUGGCGACGACAUCGACGGCGAGGCGGCGGGCGACGAGUCGUCCGGACGGUCCUCUGCUGUGUCGUUGUCGAACGACGGCAUGACCUUAGCCGUCGGCGCACGUUUCAACGACGGGAACGGAGACAACUCGGGUCACACGCGCGUGUACCGGUACGAAUCGAACGUCUGGUCGCAACUUGGCGAAGACAUCGACGGCGAGUUCGCUGGGGAUCAAGCCGGGGAAUCGGUGACGCUAUCGAGCGACGGCACCGUCGUGGCCUUCGGCGCUCUUCUGAACGAUGGAAACGGAGAAAACUCGGGCCAAGUGCGCGUGUACCAGUACAGAUCAGGCGCGUGGACGCAGAUUGGCGACGACAUCGACGGCGAGCACGCCGGCGACGAGUCCGGUUGGGCGGUUUCCUUAUCGAGCGACGGGACGGUCGUCGCGAUCGGCUCGCAUAAGAACGACGACGCGGGCACCGAUGCAGGUCACGUCAGAGUGUAUCGUCACCACCUUGGGACGUGGACACAACUUGGCUCGGAUAUCGACGGCGAGGUUGGCAAAAGGUUGGCCUCUGUCUCCCUGUCGAACGACGGUACGAUCGUCGCCGUCGGCGCGCGUGAAACCUCCGGCACGGAUUCGGGUCGCGCGCAAGUGUACCGCUUCUCUUCAGGCGAGUGGACGCCGAUGGGCGAUGCCAUUCACGGAGAGGCAGCCGGUGCUUGGGCCGGGCGGUCCGUGUCCUUGUCCGGCGACGGCAUGAUCGUUGCAGUCGGCGCGAACAAGAACUAUGAUGACAAUGGAGUACAGACAGGUCACGCACGAGUAUAUCAGUACUACGCGGGCAGUUGGUCGCAGAUUGGCGCUGAUAUUGACGGCGAGGGGUCUGGGGACCUUUUCGGGGCGAGCCUGUCCAUCUCGAAAGAUGGCACGGUCUUGGCCGUCGGCGGGUGGGCAAACGAUGCAUUCGCGAUGAACGCUGGUCAUGUGCGCGUGUAUACGAUACUGAGCGUAUCAAGCUCGGACGACAACGCGACAGCCGGCAACUUGACCGAAGGCAAAUGCUGCGCGGUCUUCUACGGUCAAAGCCCCGAGGAGAUGAUGUCCGAGCACGAUUUGAACGAGCCGCCCGCGGACGUGUGCGCGUAUUGCGAACCCGGGUUCAUCUGCCGCGAAUCCGUCCAACCCGUCGGCGACGAAUCGACGUUUGCCGUCACUGGUACUGAAGUCAACACGACGUCGCGCGACUGCGUCUCGUACAAUCAUACGAAGGAAUCGUGCAUGUAUAACUGGAUAUCCAUGGAGGCGGCCCAGUUCCCGUGCAUGAGCAACGAGACCGCGCAGGAGUUCCCAGAGGAGACGUGGGGCGCGAGGGACAGCAUGUACGACAGCAGCACGUACGAGAACAGCACUGACGAGCACAGCACGUACGAGAACAUCACGUACGAUGACAGCAUGUACGAGAACAACACGGACGACAGCACGUACGACAGCACGUACGACAGCACGUACGACAGCACGUACGACAGCACGUACGACAGCACGUACGACAGCACGUACGACAGCACGGACGACAGCACGUACGACAGCACGGACGACAGCACGUACGACAGCACGUACGACAGCACGUACGACAUCACGUACGACAGCACGUACGACGACAGCAUGGGCUACUCCUAUGACUACGAAUACGAUUACACGUACCCGUAGAGUAGUUUGCUCGCACUUGGUCACAUGUUUUGCCCGGAUGGGUUAGAGCUCAGUCUUGUUGUAAUCGUUUGUGAUGUAAACUACUAGCUGCCACCGCAGCUCGAAAUAAAAGGGGAUAUUAGUCUAAUUAAUCACUUUGUAAUGUAUGCUUACGUGUACUGCAUC